AUGUUCCUGUUCCAAAAAAGAUUAAUGACUCUAUCACAAAGUUCUUAGUAACCUAUUAGACUUAAACCUAAGUUCUAUUCAUAGCAAAAGGAAAAUGUACCUAUGCAGAAGGAUCUUCCAAAAGUGAAUUUGAUUAAUAAAUUGAAUGAAGCCUCUAAAAUACCUAAACCCUUACCAAAACCAUAAGUAUAAAUUACUCAAAAGACUAUAUCCAAAGAUAUUUGGCACAAAAAGUCAAUAUCUAUGAAAAUGAAAAAUGCUAAUUUUAAGGAUGGAAAAAGAAUAGUCAGUGGAUAACUGAUCAAAUACAAAAAAGGUGAUUAGAUCUACGCAUUUCGAUGCAUAAAAGAUACCAUGAAACAAUGCAAAUUAAGAGAUAUAAAAUUAGAUCAUGAUGUUGACACUGAUGAUGAAUAAAUUUUUAUGGCCACCAAAAAUAUGUUUAUGAGCUUAUGUUAAAGCAUUAAACGAGAAUUAUUCAACAAUGACGAUUAUCAAAACGAGAACAAAAUUAUUAUAGAUGACGACUUCUUAUGA